UGCAUAACUAGAACAGUUAGAUAUUAUGGCGGCAGCACCCGAGUGGCUAACAGAAGCGUAUAUUGUGCAUGCGCUUAGAUCAUACUACAAAGAUGAUAGUUUAAAGAUCAACAAGUUGGAAGUGAAUCCCGCCUUGGGUCCCGGCGAAAACUAUGGCGGCGUCCUAAACCGUGUACGUGUAAGCUUCAAACUUAAGGCUCAAGCGCAGCUAGAGCAACAGAAUCUGAUUGUGAAGACCGCCAUCGAGGAUGACGAAUUGACAAAAGAGCUAACGUCACACUAUGAUAUCUUCAAUCGUGAAAUGAAUAUUUACGAAGAUAUCUUACCCAAGCUAAAUGAAAUAUUGAAAGAACUGAAUAUGUUCGAGCCACUCUUUCCCACCACCAUCUUUAUCGACCGUCAGCGCAUGGCAAUCAUUUUUGAAGAUCUUUCCGUGCAGGGCUAUGUGAUGAGCGAUCGCGUUAAGCGUCUGGAUAAGCAGCAUGCUGAGCUGGUGCUGCACAAGCUGGCCAAGAUGCAUGCCGCAUCCGCCAUAUUGAACGAGCGCAAUGCAGGCAGCCUGGAAAAAUACGAUCGUGGCUUCUUCAAUCAAUAUACAGAUGCUUAUAGCGGCUAUUUUGUAGGUGGUUUGCUGGCAGCUGCGCGCUGGAUGAGCCAAGAUCCUGAAUGUGCUCGUUAUGGCAAGAAACUGUUUGAGCUGGCACCACAUUACAUGGAUAUAGGCAGGGAGUGCUUUAAGCCUGUGCCUGGAGCUGUUAAUGUCCUGACGCAUGGCGAUAUCUGGACCAACAAUGUUAUGGUUAAAUAUGAUGCCGCAACGGGUUGUCCAUUGGACAUUCUACUGAUUGACUUUCAGUACUCCUUCUGGGGUUCGCCCACUUUGGACUUGCAUCAUUUCUUCAACACUUCGCUGCAAGAGCAACUACGUCGCUCAGAGCAAAGUGCACUAAUCAAACAUUACCACGGAAUUUUUAGACACAUUUUAAGGAAGUCGGCAUAUGCCGAGCAGCCCAUACCCAGUCUACUUCAGUUCCAACUGCAAGCAGAGCAAAAACGUUUCUUUGCUGUACACUCGACGGUUGUUGUGCAGCCUGUGAUGCUUUGUGAAGAUGCUACUGAUGCCUGCUUUAAUGCUCUGAUGAACGAUGACGAACGUGGACUCCGCUUCAAGAAUCGUCUAUAUGACAAUCCCACAGUUCAACAGAACCUAAAAGCAUUGAUGCCAUUCUUUGAUACAAAAGGAGUGCUGGAGGUUAAUCAAUGUUGUUAGCAGUCGUUAAGUUACAGCUGAUAAGCAACUAUAUAGAAAACGGCAUUUAGUAUAUAAGCAGACACGCCAGUUUAUUAUAUUUACAAUUACUAUUUGCAUUGUAAACUAAUUCGUAAGCCGCUUAGAUUAGCAACUUGUCAAGUAUAUACAAUUUAUACUAGACUUAUCGCGUGCCGUGCCUUUAGUCUGUUAUCUAAAUAUAUAGUGCAAGCAUAGUGGAACUAUUGUUCCCGGA